CAACUCAUAAGGUAAACAGCGCAUGCGCAAUAGUAUCAAAACAGUGGACUUCAAUUAUUCAUGGAAAUUGGAAUCGUGUUAGAAACCAUUAAAUAGAUUUUAGUAUACAACCUUUAUGAUGAAGCAGAGCAGAUAAGGCUCAGCAUGUAAAAUGAUGGAUCAAACAUGAGUAUAUUAUGGUAGCCAAUCCACUCACUGUGGCACAAAAUAUGAUGUCCUUUAUGUCAAGAAAGAAGAAGUACAAGUUUCAUGUGACCUUUGACCUGGAAGAGCUCUCGUCUGUGCCAUUUGUUAGUGGAAUUCUGUUUGCUAAGAUACGAUUGCUGGAGGGAGGCUUCUCAGAAGUUUCAAACAGGAAAGAGGUGUACAACCACUGUGUAAAAUGGAACAGCAAGUUUUCAUUUGAGUGUAAGAUGACUUCAAAUGCUAGUACAGGAAUACUAGAUCCUUGUAUAUGUCGUGUCUCAGUUAGGAGGGAAUUAAAGGGAGGUAAAUCUUACCAAAAACUAGGUUUUGCUGACAUCAAUCUGUCGGAGUUUGCUGGUUCCGGGCAACAACAGAGACGGUUCCUUCUAGAAGGUUAUGAUUCAAAGCAUCGGCAGGACAACUCUACAUUGAAAGUAUCGAUGACAGUGUCGUUAGUGUCUGGGGAUCCAGUCUUUAAAGUAAUGACACAAUCCCAAUUUUUGGUACCUGGUGAGGAUGAAGAAAGCUGUGAGAAUAGAGUUACUUCCCCUGAGGAAGGAAGUCUAGCCUCAAACAGCAGUGGUUUUGGCAGUUUGCCAAGAAAAGACAGACCAAGUGUGAUAUCUAGAGAGGAUUCUGAGAAUAAUUUUGAGAAAAGUCAUUCCCGUAAUGGUAGUUAUACAAGUCAACAUUCACGGAAUGGUUCAAAUUAUGGUUCCCUCACACACAGUAGACAGAAUAGUAGUGGAACCAGUACAUGUCAGGAUGGCCACCCUACACAUACUAGAAGUCCAAGUGCAGGCUCAUCACUCACAGAGUUUGCUAAGGCAGAAAGAAGAAGGAAGUUUGAAGAAUCUUCAUUUAAAGAACGUCGUGUGGACCAGACUCGUGUAGACGCCGAGGGUCUUGUAGAAGAAUUGUUAGCAUCAACUGAUCUCAAACCUUUAGAACUUGAUGAAUCUGCUGGAUUACAACUUCUUGUUGGUAAAGAUGGAACGAUGGCUCUUAGAUGAAAUUUAUAUAACUUCUAUAUAUACUGUUUAUUACCAGUUUAAAUCUCUGGACAAUGUCUUUACAACAGCAACAACACCAACAGCUUGUUAUAGAUGCAGCGCAAGCUUUAUAACACCAGUAUUUCAACACCAAGCUAUGUAACACCAGUUCUUCAAACACCAAGCUUUGUAACACCAGUUCUUCAAACAAUAAGCUUUAUUACGCCAGUACUCCAACACCAAUUUAUGUAACACCAGUUCUUCAAACACCAAGCUUUGUUACGCCAGUACUUCAACACCAAGCUAUGUAACACCAGUUCUUCAACACCAAGCUUUGUAACACCAGUUCUUCAACACCAAGCUAUUAAACACCAGUAUUGUGACAUGAAGCUUUGUAACAUCAAUUCUUCCAACAUCAAGCUAUGUAACACAAGUUCUUCUACAGUAGAGUCAGUAUAAUGUGUAACGACAGUCCAUUUGCAUAUUGUUUAGUCUUUAUUAAAAUUAGCAGUGUGUUAAAAGUGAUGUAUGAUUGAAAUGAAAGUUUUAAGAAAAGCAUUGAAAACUUAAAAUUCAGAGAUUAUUUUAUGAAAUUAUUUAUUAAUUAUUUUGUAUAAUUCUGUAUCAGAACAUUGUUGGAUUGAAAAUGAAAAAAAAAAUUGAAUUUUAUUUUUCAUAAGCAUUGAAAUGAAAAUUAAACAUUCCUUGAUUAGUAAGAAAUGAAUUGAAAAGGAUUAAAUUUGAUUUAGAUAUUGACAAAGUGCACAACUGUUAUCAAUUACUGAUUUUUUAAAUACAAGUUGGUGACAAGCCAUAUUAAAAAACAAUAGAAUCAUACAAAAUGUAUAAGAAAUAAGCAUUAUUCUAUGUUAUUAUAUCUGCUUAAGAUUGUAAAAAAAGAACAAAAAAGCUCCUUUUACUUUAUAACAAGUCAUGAAAAAAUUAGAAAGUAAAUAAUAAGUGUAAAAACUAUACACAGUAAAUUGAUACAUUUUACAUUGACUGCAUUAUGAAAAUUAUGGCAUUAUUAGUUGAGGACAGGACAGAUGUAAUGAGUAAAUCUAAUUCUUCUGAUUCACUAAUUUCUCUAGAGUUGAUGAAAAAGUUAGUUAACAAGUUGGAAAAAGUUUAAAAUAUACUCAGCGAUAACUCACCCCCCACAAUGUGCCUACGAUCAACUUUAAUCACCUCAUUUAUCAUGUCAGGAUAAAUUAAACCUUACUGUACUGAAUUUAUAUAAUAGACUAGUCCUUUAUUGUAUUUGGAACUGCCCAUUGUGACUAUAAGGGAAGUCAAUAUUAAAAUGAUAUGAAUUAGCACAAAUGUACAGGCUGGCCUGGGCAUAGUCAAGACAUAAUGACCGUCAGCACAUUAAGGCUUAAUUGUAUAUUCAACCAUAUGUAAAACAUAUAUAAAUGUUAUAAACAUUACACAUCAAAGAUCAUUUUAUAGUCAUAUAUAUAAAACCUAGCAUUUGAGAAGGUCCAUUAUGCCUCAGAAAUGCUUUUAUUUCUGUGUCCUGUAAUUGUUUUAAAAAAAGUUACUCAUUGGCCAAUUACUUUAAAUACCUUUUACUUUUAUUACAUUUUGGUAAUUAGUAAAAAUACAGUGAUUUUGUAAGGAAGUCAAAAUACUACUUUGUUUACAUUUUGCUACUUUGAUGACAACUUCUUAUUCAGCACAACAUUAUUCAGGUGAUCAGCAUCUAUAAUGCACAAAAACAUAUUAUCUAAACAGUAUAAACCUCAUGUUUCAAAACCCAUCUCCUGAAAAGUUAUUAAGUAAUGAAUAAAGUGAUAACAUGAAUUCAGUAAGUGCAUCAAAUUUGAAUGAAUUUAAUAAUGUUAAGGGGGUGGGGGGUAAAUUUUUGUGAAUAUUUUGGAAUUUAUUCAUUUUGCUUGUGUACUUGUUAAUGUGAUUUAAUUGUUGAAGUUUUGCACACAUUUCUCAGUGAGGCAUUAUUACUCCAUUAUUCUGGCUGAAAGUGGAUAAAUGUAUAUUCAAUCAUGAAAAAUUUUUCAUGUCAUAUUAUUUGAUUAUAUGAAUAAACAUAAAUUUGUUUCAUUUACAAACCAAAAAAAAAAUUGUGUCAUGUGUAAUAUGAGAUGUAAUAAAUAGUUUAUGAUGAUCAUUGCACACAUAUACAUUUAUACAGUCUUUAUUCUCAACAAAACCUACACCAUUUAUUUAACCUUUGUUAUUCAAAUUCAAAGCCAUGGGCUAUAUUGGUCAUAUCUGUUUAUACAAGCUAUGAACAUGUCUGUCAGUUUCAAGCAGCCCAUCUCUGGGUUCAUGUACAAGCUAUAAACCUAUCUACCAAGUUAUAAAUUCUGUAAAUCUAAAAUAUAAAAUUUCACAGUUACAUUCAUGACUUUAUUGGUCGUGUUUCACAAAGAUUUGGAAUAUACAUGUAG